AAGCCGGUCCGGGCUAUGUGCGUUGGAUAUCCCCAUCAGUCCCUUGUGCAACGUCCUGUCCAGGGACACCCCACUGUUACUCAAUGCGCAACACCACCAUAUUAGGGCGCACCAGAAUUGCCUGCCUCAGGCAACCCUCGGAUAUUGAACAGUCAAACAUCUCGGUGUCUGGGCUCUGAUCCUCACCGGCCCGUUGCAGAACGCUACGACGGCGAAACCGCCCCUGCAUGAAUUCCACCUCGACUCCGGCAUGCAAUGCCUACUUCUACCACAAACUUUUUUAUAUCUGUCAGAACUUUCUUGCAACUACGCGUUGGGGUAGUAGCCGUAGUCGAUCCUUCGGUACAUGGGACGCCUGGAUCCAUGUGAUCGGCAUCGCCGACAGUUUCUCCACAGCCCUACCCGUGAAAAGGCAGUGGAUCACGAGUAAGUUCCAUGGGACGACUAUUUCGCAUUGUUGCGCCAUGUUGCGCCAUGGUCGGAUCGCCUACUCAUUUGAGACAAUGUCAAGGAAAAAGCUAAGAGUGAUUGGCUACUUAAUUGUGGCAAGGCUGACCCUUCUACUUGGCUGCAUCCCGCGCGCCGAAAGCGCCGAUAUCGAACUCUCAGGUCAACCCUCCGAAACUACCGCUGCUGUUGGAGCGAACAACGUGACUUGCCUCGAGCUAAUACUUGUUGCCCGACGCGCUAGAACACGUUCUCUCUCUCUCCUCGCAAUACGACGUAGACGGACAUCGCAGCUUCAUAGUGUUCCCUCUACACAGGAUUCCACGCCGACGAACAGUAGUACCAUUAGAUAGGCGACCUCGGCAUCAAGGCCCCGACCACCAACAUCCAUUCGCUCCGCGAGGUCCGCGAGGAGGAUCUCAGUCUUGCGCGCCCACCUCCUGGAGGUCCCAACGUCCAAUUCUCACCACGGCGACUAGCCGGGGUUCCCCGGGCCGGUUCGCAAGGGUGUCGUGGGAAGCAGGCACUUGCGCUACAUCUUGCGGUAGGAAAUUCUUCGGAUUUUAGCCUUCACCGUGCAAAUAAGAUUGUUCAUAGCUGAUUAUACGUGCCAUUCUACGUGCCUAUGA